AUGGACCGGAAUCCGAGCCAGGACUCCGGAUCCAGCAGCAGGACUAAAGCGGCCUCUGCCGGUCUGCAGAAACGUAAAGGGAAAGAGAGGCCCACAGGUUACCCCUGUGAUCAGUGUGAGAAAGUCCUCACCACUUCAUCAUCCAGGAAGAGACAUAAGAAAAUUCACACUGGAGAGAAGCCGUACCUAUGUGAUCAGUGUGGGUCAACUUUUGCCAGAUCAGCUUCUUUAAGAAAUCACCAACAUAUUCACACUGGACAGAAGCCGUACAGAUGUGAUCAGUGUGGGGCAGCUUUUACUGAAUCGGGUACUUUAACUAGGCACCAACGCAUUCACACUGGAGAGAAACCGUACAGAUGUGAGCAGUGUGGGGCAGCUUUUACCACAUCAGGUGAUUUAACUACGCACCAACGCAUUCACACUGGAGAGAAGCCGUACAGAUGUGAGCAGUGUGGGGCAGCUUUUACCAGAUCAGCUUCUUUAAGAAAUCACCAACAUAUUCACACUGGACAGAAGCCGUACAGAUGUGAUCAGUGUGGGGCAGCUUUUACUGAAUCGGGUACUUUAACUACGCACCAACGCAUUCACACUGGAGAGAAGCCGUACAGAUGUGAUCAGUGUGGGGCAGCUUUUACCACAUCGGGUGCUUUAACUAGGCACCAACGCAUUCACACUGGAGAGAAACCGUACAGAUGUGAGCAGUGUGGGGCAGCUUUUACCACAUCAGGUGCUUUAACUACGCACCAACGCAUUCACACUGGAGAGAAGCCGUACAGAUGUGAGCAGUGUGGGGCAGCUUUUACCACAUCAGGUGAUUUAACUACGCACCAACGCAUUCACACUGGAGAGAAGCCGUACAGAUGUGAGCAGUGUGGGGCAGCUUUUACCACAUCAGGUGCUUUAACUACGCACCAUCGCAUUCACACUGGAGAGAAGCCGUACAGAUGUGAUCAGUGUGGGGCAGCUUUUACUGAAUCAGGUGCUUUAACGAAGCACCAACGCAUUCACACUGGAGAGAAGCCAUACAGAUGUGAGCAGUGUGGGGCAGCUUUUACUGAAUCAGGUGCUUUAACUACGCACCAACGCAUUCACACUGGAGAGAAGCCGUACAGAUGUGAGCAGUGUGGGGCAGCUUUUACCACAUCAGGUGUUUUAACUACGCACCAACGCAUUCACACUGGAGAGAAGCCGUACAGAUGUGAGCAGUGUGGGGCAGCUUUUACUGAAUCAGGUGCUUUAACGAAGCACCAACGCAUUCACACUCGAGAGAAGCCGUACAGAUGUGAGCAGUGUGGGGCAGCUUUUACUCAAUUGAGUAAUUUAAGACGUCACCAACAUGUUCACACUGAAUAA